CCGCCAGUCAGUACAAGCACCAAAACCUUUCACGCUUUUGAUGCAAAAGGCAAGUGAACACCCGUCUCAACUGGAGACUCAAGCGCUAACUCCCCAUAUGCAAUGAAUAUGAUGGCACGAGACAGCGACAAGUCGGACACAUCCGGCUCCGAGCCGGUGUCGCCGACGUCUGGCUCGGUGACCCACGCUGCGACGCGCUGGCUGGAGGCCAUGAACGAGUCUGACGCGUCGGGCGACGAGAUCCAUGCAGCAGUGGUUGCACCUCGAGUGAGGAAGGAGCUUCAUAUUGGCAACAGCGGAGAAAAGGUAAAUACUAACAGCGAGAAACAGUGCCUCAACGGAAAAUGGCAACCGCUUCACAAGCGCGAGACCGACGUCGCUAGUGCAGCGCCAAAGAAGCGGGCGAAGCGCAAACACCGCAAGUCCACGAUCGAUACACGAAAGGAAGAGAUCGCGAAUCUUCUGAAAGAGCUGUCGGACCUGCAUACUCGAAUGGAGAAGCUAAACUCUCGAGCGAUGGAGCCUUCCACUGCGAGCAAGACAAUGGGCGAAGCUGGUACCGCAAACAGAGUGUUGCGACGUGCCAUUCAGAAGCAGCAGCUCAAAGUGACACAAUUCCAUGCGCUCAUGUCGGUGUACUCGCUAUUUAGUACUCGAGUGGGAAGCCCAAUUCACCAAGAAACCCACUUGCUAAACGAUACGGAGUCACGUCUCGUUACUCUCACGGCUACAAAGGAUCGUGCGUUAGAACUUGGUGCUCGUUUCCUCAAAGAUCGAUGUCCGCGAAUAAACCCGUACAAGUCGAUGCGAGAGGACCACGGAUACGAAGGGCCGAAUGGAGAUUACUAUACCACAUAUUUCUCCACUUAUCAGCUCGAAAACAGUGUUAAGAACGUGUUUGAUAUUCUUCUCGGCUACUUCAGUAGUAUCGAAAUCUGUGUAUCGGAGAAGCUCGGCAACAUCACUGUUCGCGAAGUCGACGACAAUCUGGCACCAGAUAUCACGCAGAAUCGUCUCAUUACCACGACUAUCGGUGGGCUGCGAAUGGAAUCCAGCACAGUCUACUUUUCACACUUUGAAGAAGAAGGGAGCGAACCAGGGCACGAGAACGGAUACGGACUAUUUGUUGCCGAUUUCAUCGACGAAGACGAUAGAAAUCCCUACCAUCCGCACGAGCGCAUUCGUCGAGACUUCAGUGCCGUCCUAGAGCUCACUUCUUACCCGAUCCAGCAAUGCACCAGUAAAGCAAAGACCCCAUUCAACGACAAGGAAGGGAGAGUCGUGGUGGUCACGCGGUGGGUGCACAGCAGAGUGCACCACCCUCAAUACGAGAUCCCUCUCUCGGGCUGGCACGAGAUGCGAGAGAACACUGAGCGCUGGAAUGUCCUGGAUAUUGGAAUGUGCGACUCGCUGGUGAGCUCGGCGCUCGCCUCCGCAAUUAACGCGCGGCCCUGCUUCGUGGACUCCCUGCGCGGUUGUACGGCCGAAUGGUAA